GUCCGAAGCCGAGCAGAAUUAUCCCUUGACAGCAGCACAUGGAAGAUCCAGGAUGAAUGAAGGGCAGUUCAUGUCCGGAUGCAGCGAUCGACAAGCGAGUGCUGCGUUGCGUGAGCUGUCUUGGGCCUUGCUGAGCCGCACGCGUAUUGUCCCGAGGAGGAAAUAUAUUGCCAUAAAGGGAGCCAUACGAGAAACAUAAUUUUGCUUUUCUCUGAAGACUCGGGGCAACCGGCGCUCAGCAACCUUGUGUUCAGGAAUGUCUGUUGUCGAUAAACUGGAAUGAAUUCCCGUCUCUCGGAAGCCCGACUGCGUAGGUACACUUGAUAAAGUGGCCCAUCCCACGCAGCUUUUGAUUAACCCCGCGGCGCCACACUAUGCAAGUGGCUAGCCGAUAGGGAGUGCCAAUUACACCAAAACUGAACGUCACUUUUUCUUAUUGAACCAAUUGCCCAGAGAUACCAGGCAGCAUUUUUUUGAUCUCUUUAACGCAUUUUUAUCUUGUUCAUUGCACGUUUUCGACUGUUUCGUACCCGUUCUUUUGCGGUAGUCGUCUCCCAGAUUGCUCCGAACUUUCUACAGUAUCCCGCCAGACCCAGCCGCAUCGCAAUCCCAUUUCGCCCGCAGCACCAAGCUCGAGGAUCCCCCGUCGCAACGACCAUGUCCGAUGUAUUCCGUAAAGUAGGGAGGGGAGGCUCAGGGAACUUCUUUUCAAAGAAGGAUGUGGACGAUGCUGAAAAGGCCAAGCCAGAGGACAUUGAGGCCCAAAAGUCAACCGACGUCGCCGCUUCCUCGACAUCACCGACCUCGACCGGCUACGUGCGCGCGGGACGAGGAGGCUCGGGCAACUACGUGGACCCGACCUCUCUCCCCGGCACCAAGCAGCAAGAGGAGCUCGCGAGCAAGACACAAGCGGCCGUGAAUGCCAGCAUCGCGCGGUCGGCGGCGAGGGGUGCUUCUGGUCGCGGCGGCGCCGGCAAUUAUACGGGAGGCGUCGUGCCUGGCGCCGAGGCGAGCGAGGAGGAGGAGGUGAAGCGCAAGGAGGCGCUCGAGAAGAAGAUUAUUGAGGACGUCGAGGCCGGUUUGCCCAUGCCGCCUAAGGCUUUUCACCAUACUACCAAGAAGGAAGAGGAGGGUGCUUGAGGAGUUUGGCGACCCCAGAGCGGUGUGUACGUUGCCCGGUCAUGGGAUUGUGGGAUACCUGGAGUUAGGGUGGUUUCGUUUGUACAACAUUUCAAGAGGCAUUGAUACCCGCGACGCUCGUCUUGGGCGAUUUCACUUGCAAUUUUUGAGAGCAUGUAGGAGGUUUGACAGUUUGUUAGCUUGAAUUCGCCAUGUCUAUUUCGCCUGCUCCUUUGUUCUGAGAAAGGGGGAUGCGACAAUGUGAUGGCACGCAUUUCUGUUGGCAUGCCGUUAUUCACUCCAGACAGUGUCGGAUACCCUCGAGAUUGCGGAACGCAUCCGGAUGGUUAUACCAGACAACGCAGGCUGAGAGGAUACGGCAUCGCAUCCACAAGACGGGAGGAAAGGUGGCGACUGAGAUGACGGAGG